AUGGCCAGAACUUUGCCUCUUCUUUCGGCUAGAGAGAUCUCCAAGCACUCCUCGGAAAAGGAUUGCUGGGUGACUCUCUAUAACAGAAAGGUGUACAACAUCACGGGAUUCCUUGAUGAACAUCCGGCUGGUGCUGAAAUCGUCAUGCCGUACGCGGGCAAGGACGUGACGGAGAUUAUGGCCGAUACCAUCUCUCACGAACACUCCGAAAGCGCAUAUGAGAUGCUUGACGACGACAUGUUGAUCGGCUACAUGGCUACACCCGAGGAAGAACGUGAGUUGGUCAACAACAAGAAGAAGGUGCCUGUUGAUGUCAGACUCACGGACGAGGCCCAGGCCGAGAUCGACUUGUACGAGUUUCACGAUGAGUUGCCUGCUCUUGAUAUGUUGUCGGUUCAAACAGACUUUGACGAGGAUGCGAAGAAACACAAGUUCCUCGACUUGAAGAAGCCUUUGAUCCCACAGAUGCUUCGCAGUACCUUUUCCAAGGAGUUCUACUUGGAUCAGGUACACAGACCCAGACAUUUCGGUAAAGGUUCUGCACCACUCUUUGGCAACUUUUUGGAGCCUCUCUCGUUAACGCCCUGGUGGGUGGUGCCUUUGGUAUGGCUCCCCCCUAACAUGGUCCUUUUCUACAUCGGUUUCGUGAACCAGAGUAAACUCACAGCCUUGAGUUUGUGGGUCAUGGGCUUGUUCGUGUGGACCUUGGUGGAAUACUGCUUGCAUCGCUUCUUGUUCCACUUGGACCAAUACUUGCCAGACAACAAGUACUUCUUGACCCUCCACUUUCUUUUACAUGGUGUACACCACUACUUGCCAAUGGACAGAUACAGAUUAGUCUUGCCACCCACAUUGUUUGUCGUUUUGGCUUAUCCAUUCUAUCGCGUCAUCUUCAAGCUCUUCCCCUUCUACAUGGCCUGUUCGGGCUUUGCGGGUGGAACUUUGGGCUACAUUAUGUACGACGUGACACACUACGUCUUGCAUCACACCAACUUGCCCAAAUUCUUCCAGGAGUUGAAGACUUACCACUUGGAGCACCACUACAAGAACUACGAAAUGGGCUUUGGUGUUACAAGCAGAUUCUGGGAUGUCAUUUUUGGCACCGAAAUUACUUCGACGUUCCAAAAGAGAUCGUAA